UUAUUACCUUUUAUUGUUCAUAAAGGUUCACUUCGAUACAUAACCUGUUGAUAAACUGGAUUAGCAGCGUUUAGUCUGUUUACCUAAUACCUACCUUACCAACGAUAGUUCAAAAACAAACUGAUUUACUUAUAAAUGAUCGAAUUGUUGUAUUCGUUUUCAAUUCAAUUUUUAGUGAAAUUAUCGUGCUUCAUUCUUAGCAAAUUCCAAAUGUAGUAUUGUUUCAGUCAGACGUAUGCUUUUCGGUUCCUCUUUAAUUUUCUUCAGUUAUACGAUGGUGCUUUUAUAAGGUGUCAGCAUUUCAAUCUGAGUGCAGAAUGGAAUCCUUCAAUGGAACCUGUCCAAACAGUGUGAGUACAGGACUAACCCAAUUACUGCUGUCUCAAUUAUUAUCGACCUUGGUGAAUUCCUACUGCGAUUACACGGUUUAUCCGGCCGAUCAAAGUGAAGAAAUCAUUCAAACAAACAAUGAAUUUGAUUUCAUCGUUGUCGGAGCAGGUUCUGCUGGAUCUGCUUUGGCGAAUCGUUUGAGUGAAAUAAGCUCGUGGAAAGUAUUAUUAAUAGAAGCUGGACCUGAUCCUCCGAUCGAAUCUGAUAUCCCAGCCAUGGCACACUCACUUUUUGGUUCAAAAUACGAUUGGAAAUAUAAAGUAGAAAAAUCAGAAAAAAGUUGCCGAAGUAUGGUUGACAAUCAGUGUCUUUGGCCUCGAGGAAAAUUUCUAGGGGGAUGCAGCUCGAUCAAUGCCUUAUUAUAUGUGCGUGGUAAUGCCAAAGACUAUGAUAACUGGGAAGGUUUAGGUAACCCUGGUUGGAGUUAUGAAAACGUUCUGAAAUAUUUCAAGAAGUUGGAAUCUGCGAAUUGGGAGUCGAUGGAAAAAGAAGCUCAUGGAUAUGAGGGUUAUGUCAAUGUGGAGAACUUUCCAGAUGGGGAUCUACUUGGUAAUAAAUUCGAUAAAGAUUUGUUGGUGAGGUUAUAUAAUGAAUUAGGAUUACCUUUUGUCGAAGAUAUGAGUGCGGGGCAGAAAUCUGGAAUUACUACGAUCCCAGGUACAGUGAAGAAUGGCGUCAGGUGGAAUACAGCCAAAGCUUAUCUAGCUCCUAUUAAAGAUAGACAGAAUUUAUCAGUGAUGAAGGAAACCUUAGUCACUAAAGUAUUGAUCGAUGGAAAUAAGAAAGCUUACGGUGUUGAAGUAUUUCGCAAUAAUGUUCAUAAAAAAAUAAUUGCCAAGAAGGAAGUCAUAUUGACUGCAGGAGCAGUAAACUCGCCUCAGCUUCUGUUGCUUUCAGGAAUUGGUCCGCGAGAUCACUUGAAAGAUUUAAAUAUUCCAUUGAUAAAUGAUUUAAAAGUUGGUUACAACUUACAAGAUCAUAUAUUUUUGAUCAAUUUAAUGGCUAAAAUUACUUCCAAAGAAUUUAAGGAAGUUUCCACCCUCGACCUAUUGUAUUCGUAUUUGACUAAAAGAACUGAGUUAGGAUCUGUGUCAAUUUUAGAUACGAUGGCAUUCGUUGACACUCGGAAUACGACUGAUGAUUAUCCAGAUAUUCAAGUUCAUCAUUUUGGCUAUCCAGUUCGAACUGAUGGUUUAAGGAGGUAUUUGACAACUGCUCACAUACCGGUAGAUCUCAUCGAAAAAUACGAAAAAGAAAACAAGGAACAUCAUUUGAUUCAUAUCAAACCAACUCUAUUGCGACCCAAAAGUAGGGGUAGAGUAAUGCUCAAGAGUAAUAACCCAGUCGACUCGCCAAAAAUCAUCUCUGGAUAUUUGACCGAAUCUGAUGACGUAAAAACUUUUAUUCGAGGCGUGAAAUUCAUUCACAAACUUUCAAAUACCGAUGCGUUCAAAUCAUGCUGCGAAUUUGUCGAAAUUCAACCUCUAGAAGAAUGCAGAGAUCUAGAGCAAUUGACAGACGAAUACUAUGAAUGUCUGAUUCGAAAUUUUGCCCAGACUGUGUACCAUCCAGUGGGUACUUGUAAAAUGGGUCCUAAAAGCGACAAAGAUUCUGUGAUUGAUGCCAGACUCAAAGUAUAUGGUGUUCAAGGUUUAAGAGUUGCUGACGCUUCAAUAAUGCCAAAAAUAGUUAGUGGAAAUACCAAUAUUCCCGUAAUUAUGAUUGGUGAAAAAGCUGCAGACUUAAUAAAAGAAGACUGGCUCAAUGAAUUUAGUCAUACCGAAUUGUAAAAAUUUCGAAUUUAGAUAUGUCGGCCUGUCUGAGUUUUCAAUGCUUAAUUUAUUUGAAUUUUUGUAUUUGGUUAGACUACCUACUUACGUCUGUUUAAGUCAUUUGAAGUUUUGUGAUUUUUUUCUUCCUAUGAUUUGUUAUUUUUACACUUGGCAAAAAACAUUAAAAAUUUAGUUUUCAUUUCAUCAA